AUGAAUAAUAAUUUUCUAUCAUAACUUCCAAUUGUUAAAGUCAAGAUAAUAAAAAAUAGCUAAAGGUUAUCAAGCACCUAUCAACUUGGUUUCAGUCUCCAUAGAUUCAAUCUGAUACAAAUAAUUAAGCCAUUUUAUUGUAAUAAAUAGGAUUAUUUGCAAAUUCCUUAAUUUUUGUAAACAACUAGUUUAUAUCUAAUAAUUCGUAAUUCAACAAUGCUGCUCUGUGGUGAUUGAGGAAAUGUAAUACUUAUUUUUCAUAGAUCAAGGCUUUAAAAGGAAGCUCUAGAAUAGAGAUUUUCCUUGAAAAAAGUAAGUGAUGGAAUAAAUUGCUUAGGAAGUUUUUGAGCAUGUUUCAAGAGAGAAUGAUUACUGA